AUGGGCAGAAAGGAUAUAGACUCUCCCAAAAAGAACACUAUUCCAAUAAAAAAGAAUCAUAUUUUCCUCAAUGAAAAUGUUAAUGUUCUGUGGAGCAGACAAAAUGAAAGCACUAGUGUACUAGGCCUCUCCAAGUGUCCUUUCAUUCAGGGAAAACUGUCGUUUGCCGAGCCCAUGGAUGCUGAUUUUUCAUUUAGCCACAAUAUCAAUAGUCACCUGGCCAGCCUCUCGGUGGUUGGAAACACGAUCCCUUCUCCCAAGCCCGCUGUCAGGGAGAAAGCUUUGUGUGCCCAGGAUAACGUGAAUGAGAGUCUCACGAGUCAGGGCCAGAUUGAGAUGUACAUCAAUGAGGUGUGUCGGGAGACCGUGUCACGUUGCUGCAACUCAUUUCUGCAGCAGGCCGGAUUAAAUCUGUUAAUAAGCGUGGCAGUUAUUAAUCACAUGCUUGCCAAGUCCGUUUCAGACUUGAAGUUUCCUUUGAUGCCAGAGGGGAGUGGAGGUGCUAAGGCUCAGGUCUGGAAACCUCCAAUGGGUCUGUGUCGAAAGCCAGUCCUGGCAGGGGAAGUGCUCGGUGCCCAGAUGCUCUUCUCAUUCAUGUCCCUCUUUAUCGGAAAUGGAGACAGAGAGGUUCUCCUGGAAACCCUUGCCCCUUAAAUGCCAUCUGGCACACAGAGGGACUGAGUCCACCCAACACCCGUGCAGUUUGCAGCUGUCAAAGAACCUGCAGAGGGUGCUACCGAAGACCCAGCCUCAGCCAAUCACCACAUCACGGGGGCGACAGUUCCAGUUGCUAAAUGGAGGACCACAUUCCUCUUGGCCAGGCAGGGGCGCCCCAAGAGCUUUGAGUCACGUUUUGGUUUUGCAGUCUGCGGGCAAUGUGCACUGUAAAUUGCUAUUCCCUUGCAGCCUUCUGGGUGUGCUAAAGGGACCACUUUGCCGCCCGCUGUGGAGAAAGAACAUCAAACCACAGCAUCGCGAGUGCCGUUGCUGCCCAUGGUAGUGUCCCCAUCGAAGCCGGGCCGCCGUGCAGAGACCAGACCCACGUCAGAGCUUGGGCUGAAAGCGCAUUUGUUGACCUUAGGUUGAAUGGUUUUUCCUCUACCCCUUCUUCUACAUAAGCUCAUGGGUGGUGAAGCUCUUCAUGGAAAAAGUACACUCCCCUUUUUGCUAUUGUACUGACAUAACCUCCUCCACCCAAGUCUGCAUCUGUGUAUCAUCAAUAAAGUUGUGUGCUUUGAUU